AGUUCGUGGGCAAACAAUUGUAGCAGUUCUCUUCGGUGUUUCUGAAUUUAUGUAAUAACUUAUUUACCGCUUGCGCCGAUCUUUAAGAGGUUGUGGAUUCAAUAUAUGUAUUUAUCAUAUCCGUAAACAAUGACUGUAUAGAUUCACCCAAGCCGAAGGAAAUGCAAAAAUACCGUAUCCUCGGCAAGAAAGGGGAAGGUACCUUCUCGGAAGUCCUGAAAGUUCAGGAUAUUCGAGAUGGUACUUACUAUGCUUGCAAGAAGAUGAAACAGCGCUAUGAAAGUGUUGACCAAGUGAACAAUUUGAGAGAAAUCCAAGCCAUGAGACGCUUGAGUCCCCAUGGAAAUGUGGUUGAAUUGAAGGAGAUUAUCUUUGAUAAGAAGAAUGGAACUUUAGCCUUGAUUUGUGAGCUAAUGGAUAUGAACCUGUAUGAAAUGAUAAGAGGACGGAGACAUUACUUGCCCGAAGCAAAGGUUAAAAAUUAGAUGUACCAGCUCUGUAAGUCCAUUGAUCACAUGCACAGAAAUGGAAUAUUUCAUAGAGAUGUUAAGCCAGAAAAUAUUUUGAUUAAGGAUGAUGUUGUUAAGCUUGCUGACUUCGGGUCGUGUCGCAGUGUUUACUCAAAACAGCCAUACACGGAAUACAUAUCAACAAGAUGGUAUCGCGCCCCUGAGUGUUUACUGACAGAUGGUUACUACACCCAUAAGAUGGACAUGUGGAGUGUUGGUUGUGUGUUCUUUGAAGUUUUAAGUUUACAUCCUCUGUUUCCUGGUUCUAAUGAAGUUGAUCAGAUUGCCAGAAUUCAUUGUGUCCUGGGAACACCAUCACAAAACUUACUAAAAAAGUUACAAAAUAAAUCACGCAGUAUGAAUUUCAACUUUCCACCCAAAACAGGAGGUGGCAUCAGUUCCUUGCUUCCACAUGAUCAUGUGUCACAAGAAUGCAUUGAACUUAUCCAACUCAUGUGUGCUUAUGAUCCUGAUGAAAGAAUAUCAGCCAAACAAGCCUUGAGGCAUCCUUACUUCAAACAACUCAGGGAGUUGGACAAAAGACAAGUUACCAACACAACAUUCUCUUCACCAUCUGAGGCAUCAGUUAUAACAAAACCACAUCGAAUGGUGAAAAAGAAGAGAAAACAUGUGAUGGGAAGAGGUCAUGCACGCUCGCCAACUGAGUCUAUUCUUCCGAAAGAUGAUGGUUUUGGCCUAACAGGUGGAAUAGUUGCCCACCAACAGCCAUCAUUAUCAUCUAUAGGUGUAGGUUACAAGACAAACACAUAUGGCACAACUUUACCCAAGAUACCAGUUGCAACUGCUACACAUACUACAACUUUCCCAACGUCAUUUCCUUCAAUUAUCCAUCAAGAAAAAAAUAAAGUUAAGAAUCAAACAAGCCAGAAGUUUGGACAUUACACAUUACCAGCCAUUGAUAACUCAAAACGAAGUGGUGCUCAUGGCUUUUGAAAGAAUGUUUGGCUUUGGCCAAGAGAUCGCAAAGUCUGAGAACUAUUAUGGGUUGUGCUUAUGUCUGACAAGGUUGUAAAUAGUGAAGGCUUGCCCAACAGCAUCAGUUCAUUCGUACCUUGGCACUUGCUUUUAGCAUAAAGCUGGGUCUCAGAGAUCAUCAAGGGGCCUUGAAGGAAAAUAUGCAUUGUAUUUCCUCAUUUUUCCUAAUGAGUCAAACAGCUUGUUCAAAGAAUUUCAACAAAAACCC